CGGGACGAGCCGUGCCGAGCGGCGGGCAGCGUGCAGAGUGGCGUCUCUACCGGCGGUAGGGUCACGCUGCGGGCGGAGCAGGAAUAACAUGCUUGGAAUUACUUGCUAGUGUUGGUUACCUGCACCCUAGCACAAGAGCUCCAGCUUGAUUCUUUUCAGUGCUUCUGUCAGAACAUGGGGGAAAACGAUGAUGAAAAAUACAAUCAAGCUGGCCAGAUAUUUGAAAACUUUGUCCAAGCAACAACAUGCAAAGGUACCAUUCAGGCCUUUAAUAUUCUCACACGCCAACUUGAAUUAGAUCCUUUGGACUGUAAGAACUUUUACAGCAAACUGAAGUCAAGAGUAACCACGUGGAAGGCCAAAGCUUUGUGGAACAAGCUUGAUAAAAGAGCAAGUCACAAAGAGUACAAACGUGGAAAAUCUUGUAUGAACACUAAGUGUUUAAUUAUUGGAGGUGGCCCAUGUGGCUUGCGGACUGCCAUAGAACUUGCCUUCCUGGGAGCCAAAGUUGUCGUCGUGGAGAAGCGGGACACUUUUUCAAGAAACAAUGUGUUGCAUCUCUGGCCGUUUACAAUCCAUGACCUCCGGGGACUAGGAGCAAAGAAAUUUUAUGGGAAAUUCUGUGCAGGAUCCAUUGAUCACAUCAGUAUUCGACAACUUCAACUUAUCCUCUUCAAAGUUGCACUUAUGCUAGGAGUUGAAAUCCACGUGAAUCUAGAAUUUGUGAAAGUCCUGGAACCCCCUGAAGAUCAGGAAAAUCAAAAGAUAGGUUGGAGGGCUGAGUUUCUCCCGGUGGAUCACCCUUUGUCAGAGUAUGAAUUUGAUGUUAUUGUUGGUGCAGAUGGCCGCAGAAACACAUUAGAAGGUUUUAGGAGAAAGGAGUUCCGUGGAAAGCUAGCUAUAGCUAUCACUGCCAAUUUUAUAAACAGAAAUACAACUGCAGAAGCCAAAGUAGAAGAAAUUAGUGGUGUUGCUUUCAUCUUCAAUCAGAAGUUCUUCCAAGACCUUAAAGAGGAAACAGGAAUUGACCUGGAGAAUAUUGUUUACUACAAAGAUAGCACACAUUAUUUUGUGAUGACGGCAAAAAAACAGAGUCUUCUGGACAAAGGAGUGAUUAUAAAUGACUACAUCGAUACUGAGUCACUCCUCUGUGGCGAGAAUGUGAACCAGAGCAAUUUGCUGUCCUACGCUCGAGAAGCUGCUGACUUUGCAACCAACUAUCAGCUGCCUUCCUUGGAUUUUGCAAUUAAUCACUAUGGGCAACCAGAUGUAGCAAUGUUUGAUUUUACAUCUAUGUAUGCAUCUGAGAAUGCUGCACUGGUGAGAGAAAGGCACAGGCAUCAGCUCCUGGUUGCACUUGUUGGAGACAGUUUACUUGAGCCUUUCUGGCCAAUGGGUACUGGCUGUGCAAGAGGCUUCUUAGCUGCUUUUGAUACCGCUUGGAUGGUGCGGAGCUGGGCUCAAGGAAAACCCCCACUAGAAAUCCUUGCUGAACGGGAGAGUAUUUAUCGACUCUUGCCUCAGACUACCCCUGAAAAUAUUAACAAGAACUUUGACCAGUAUACCAUUGAUCCAGGAACGAGGUACCCAAACUUGAACUCAAGCUGUGUUCGACCUCACCAGGUGAAACAAUUAUACGUCACCAAUGAGUUACAGCAAUGUUCUCUUGAAAGAGCAAGCUCCAUUAGAAGAUCAGUGAAUCUCUCAAGACAUGAGUCGGACAUUCGACCUAACAAACUCUUGACCUGGUGUCAGAAACAGACAGAAGGGUACCGUAAUGUUAACAUCACAGACCUGACUACCUCUUGGAAAAGUGGCCUUGCAUUGUGUGCAAUUAUCCAUCGCUUCAGGCCUGACCUCAUAGACUUUGAUGCACUGAACGAAGAGGACAUUGUCAAAAACAACCAACUGGCAUUUGAUGUCGCUGAGCGGGAAUUUGGAAUCCCCCCUUUGACCACAGGGAAGGAGGUGGGGUCAGCUGAGGAGCCUGACAAGCUCAGCAUGGUCAUGUACCUCUCCAAAUUUUAUGAGCUGUUCAGGGGCACACCUCUGAGGACAGUAGAUGCUGGGGAUAAGCAAAAUGGAGAAAGUAAUGAACUUUGCUCAGCAAAAUCAUCAAACUUCAUCUUUAAUAAUUACAUCAACUUAACUUUACCAAGGAAGCGAGUGCCAAAGGUUGAAGGGAAAACAGAAGAAAACGAGACUAACAAAAGACGUCGCAAAGGUCUUUUUGGUGUCUUUGAGGAGGCCUCAGGAUUUUCAAGCCAGGAGACAAGUGUUGGGAAAGAACAGAAUGAUGGCAGAGAAGGAAUAAAUCAGAAUAAAGUUAAAUCAAUGGCAACUCAAUUGUUGGCAAAGUUUGAAGAGAAUACUCCAAAUACAAUUUUUCGGAGGCAGGGAUCUCUGCGAAAAGAGUUUCCUCAGUCUAUUGGGGGGAGUGACAUUUGUUAUUUCUGCAAAAAACGGGUAUAUGUUAUGGAGCGGCUGAGUGCAGAAGGCCACUUCUUUCACAGAGAGUGCUUCAAGUGUGAAAUAUGUUCUACAACUCUCCGAUUAGGAAUUUAUGCCUUUGAUGUUGAAGAAGGUAAAUUUUACUGUAAACCUCAUUUUAGACACUGCAAAAUCAGUAAUAAACACCGAAAGAGAAGAGCAACAUUACAGGUCCAGUGCAAGGAGGCAACAGAAGCCUGGAAGAAAGAAGAACUCAGAGCUACAGAGAGCACCACAGACAGCACUUUAACAACUGCUAGCAGUCCAGAGGACAGGUCCCCAGGCUUCUGCCAGCCCAAGGCCGAUGAGCCUACCUCCCCAAAGAAGGCAAAGAGCGUCCUGGAGCACCUCAAUGUGGAAAGCUGGUUCUCAUCCACUGACCCUGAGUGGGCCACUGUAAGGGUCAUCCCUGAGGAGGAAAUGACGGAGCACAACCUCCUUGCUGUUCGAGUCAUGGUCACCAGUGAUGCAAGCAGCUCUGAGGGGGAAUCUGAUUUUAAUGGCAACUCCUCCAGCUCUGAGGUGAGUGAAGGACAGACCUCGUUGCUGGAGCCCCCUGCCUGCCCAAGCCCCCCGCGCCGCUGGACAUUGCUUGCCAGGAGCUCCAUGGCACCAGAGGAAAGCCACAGGGCAUCCAAAGUCAUUGAUGUGCUACAGAGAGCCAACAGCUUCCACUCCACUGCCUUAAAUAAGUAUCAGAGUUGGAGGAGAAAAAUCCAAACGAAUUUCCCUCUACUGUCUAACAAGAAGCCUGGACUACGCUGGAAGGACAGCUCAGCCAGCUGUCAAAGCAGUCUUGGAGAGGAUCACCCCCAAGCACAGUUGGCUUCUUACAAGAAACCACCAGAAGUUACGAGGGGACAUGUCAAACCCUACAGCCCUGAAUUUCAAAGAAAAGCCAGAGAGAGGCCUCAAGAUGUCCAUCCCCAUGUGCCUCGUUGUCCAUUUCAGAGCAAGGUCAAAGGUUCUCCACAGAUCUCUACUGGGAAUGGGGCAUGGGCUGCUGGUUUUUCUGAGUGUGAAGAUACAGAUGGGGACGCUGGGACAUAUACAGGCCAGGGCUGGAAUGAAGUAAAAAAGAGUUGUACCUCUGAAUCAGAAGAUUUUAAUGGGAAUACGAAAGUGAUGUCAUCUCUGCAUCUGAAAGAAAAAGAUGAGAAAAAUACAAGGCACCUAGAAGAAAAGCUUGAGCAAGAGCAAAAGGAAGCAAAAAAAAGGCUGGUUCUUUGCACAGAACAACAAGCUAUGUAUGAUUCAAAUGGGGUGUACUUAGGUGGAACCACACUGCAGUGUCAAAGCAAAAAAAUGUUGGGGAUUUCAAAGGAGAAGAAUACUGAAUGGAGAAGAGGUGUUUUCAAGCCAUCUGGUUGUCCUGUGCCUCUCUUAUUUGUAGAUGAUGUGCCACCAGCUUUGCCAGUUGACAUGAAAGAUGCUCUGAGGAGUCCAGACAAAACUGCCAAGGAGCAUUCAGCUGGCCAGCCAAAAUCACCACUGAGGCUCAUUGCCAAUGCGAUCAGGAGGUCCAUUUUGGAACCUCUAACUUCAUCUCCAGAAGGACUAAAGCAGGAUUCGGACAGCAAAACCAAAGCCUCUUCAGAACAAGCUUCUUUCAGCUUCCCUAGUAUUCUUGGCCAUAAGAACACUAACAACAACAGAGCAAGUAACAGUCAGCUACAGGAGCUUCAAGUAAGGAAGCAGGCAGGAGAACAUUUAGGAUGUGGGAGCCUUCUCUCAAGUGCUUCUAAGUUUUCUGCCAGCUCUGAAGAGAGAUCUCCAAGUGACACUAAGGACGUGUCCUUCCCAGUCUACAGUCCUCACAGCAGGCCUUCCAAGACCCCUAAUAUACCUCAGAAACCAACUUGCACUAGGAUGGAGGAUGUCCCAGGACUCCUAGAAAAGUUUACUUUUAAUGAAACUCCUUCAGUGGCUCCCAAGGAUGAUGUAUUAAUCUGUAAUGAAAAGUACCCUCUUGCUUCAUCUCAGGAACCCUGGAACACCCCUAAGGACAGCCUACAUGACUCUGCACAGAAGGGUAGUCUUUCACUCUUUGAGAGACUAAGAAGUAAGAUUUGUGAAAGAGAAGGGAAUUUCUCCGUGUCAUCUCUGCCUUUCAUGAAUGACCAUUCUGCAGAAGACAGGCUACAUUAUCCUUCCACAGGAUGUGAACUUCCACCUGUCAGGAAGCAGACUGUGGAGUAUUUUACUUCUUCCUCUGAUGAAGAUGAAUUUGAAUUCAACCGUUCAUUAACAUAUAAGGCUAAAAGAUCUCUUAGAAGGAGAAGAAAACUGGAGAAGGAGACAAAACAAUUGAUUAAACAAGAGGAGCUGAAGAGACUUCAUAAAGCACAGGCAAUCCAGCGCCAACUAGAAGAACUGGAGGAAAGACAGAGAGCACUGGAGGUUUUUGGUGUUCAGUUGGAGAGAGAACUCAGAGGAGAAUCCGUUUCAGGCACACAGGAUGAAACUCAGUUGCUUCAUGAAUGGUUUGAACUGGUCCUGGAGAAGAAUAAAUUAAUGCGUUACGAGUCUGAGCUCUUGAUUGUAGCCCAAGAAUUAGAAUUGGAGGACCAUCAAAGCAGAUUGGAACAAAAACUGAGAGAGAAGAUGGCCAUUGAUGAUAGCCUUAAAAAUGAGAUGGAUCUAAAUGAGGAAGAUGAAAUUUUUAUUGAGAUGAUGAAAGUGGUUGAAGAAAGGGACAAACUCGUGUCUGCCUUAGAGGAGCAGAGAGUGAAAGAACAAGCAGAAGACCAGUGCUUUGAAAGCAUUCUAUUAUCAAGGGGCUGUCAGCUGAGUGGUAUUUGAACUGCCAUGUGCAAACAAAUGUAAUUCCAGCAGUAUUUGUAAUCAUGGAGGUACUGUCUUCUGAAAUUUAAGGUAAUUCAAAUUUGAAGUCAGUUUAUUUGAAUAAGGUCAUCCCAUUAUCAGGAGCUUUUAAACAACUUCUGUGCUCACACUGAUGUGAAUCACUUCACUGUCAGCAUCAAGAAUCACAAGAAUAAAGAUGGAAUGGAUUUACCUGAGAGACGCAGCAGCCUGUGAAAGGGAAAUUGGCACUCCAGUGUUUCCUUGGAAUGUUAUUUUACUGCUGAAAAUAGAGUUAUUAAGAAAAAGGAUGAUAUCAUAUAGUAUUUUUGAGAUGGCAUUAUUUUCUGUCCGCUCGUCUGACUCUUUAUGUGGUUUUGCUUAUAUUUUGGCACAGCGAAGCCAUGAUGAACUAUUUAAAGGUCAAAAGCAAGCAUCUCUUAUAGAAAUAAGGUUAGUUCUUUUUUUUUCUGGUAGAAAAGUCUUUUGACUGAUAACUAUGCAUAAGCACUCAUUAAAACCAUUGUAAAUACAAGGUCAGAUAUGAAUUUCCUAGGUAUUCUUAUGUUUUAGAGCACCGUGUGUUUUUGAACAAGCUGUUAAAUAUCUCCACGUUUUGUAAAAUGGUAAGGGGUCAUCAAAUGGGCAACUCCCCUAAGACUGUUAGGUACUCAGAAUAGCUUUUGUCUGUCACUGAUUAAGGUCUUCUCUAAAGCAUGCUGAAUGAUAAUUUUAAAAUACUUCUCCACCCCUGCUUCAAAGGAUUUAUCACAAGAAAUAUCAUGAGGGUGUAGCAGCUGACAGAUCUCCCUUAGAGUAAUUCCUCAGAGGGCUGCAAAAAUUAUUGAGUUUUGCAAUAGCAAUGUUUGAUAGAUAAUGUUGUGAUUGCAUUUAAAUUACAUUUAUAUUGCUGCUCAAAAAAUGUAUAUGUAGAUCUUUUGCUUAAAGGAAGUGCCUGCUAUCUUUUUUUUUUUUCUUUCUGUAGUCAUGGCAUAGCAGAUGUGCAGAAAUUCUUGUUGAUAUUCAGGAUAGCUUCACGUACUUUCUUAAGUCUGCAAUUUUGCAAUAUAAGAUUGGUAAGAUUUCAGACUUGUACAUAUGAUGCACUUAUUUUCAAACUGAAAAACCAAGGAGACCAAAAGGCUGUUUCUUCUUGAACAUCAUUUUACCUCACACUUUGACUGGGAAGAUUUUGAUGUUCUCAGUAUUUCAUGACUGGUGCUUACUUGCAAGAGUUGUCUUCUUACAGCCAAAGCUACAAGCAUUCUUGUUAUGAGACAAUUAAGCUAAAUAACCUCUUGGUAACUAGCUGUAGGGUAACAGAUACAGUGGAUCUUAGUACGAUAAUUUAUGAGUUAUCUUCAGUUUUUGCUGUAUUGUAAGAAAUCUAAAAUAUCCUUUUUAAAAUUUAAAAAAAAAAAAAUUUCACUGUUGACCACAAAUACAUAGAAUACCUCUUUGCUGCAAGAACUACACUACUGUUAUGCAAUAUUUAUUUAUUUAUACUUAUUUAUUAGUCUCUGUAAGGAGGAUAAGAGUGUCAUGUUAUAUUUUACAGUUCAGACGUUGUCUCCAAUUUUCAUAAAUAAGUUUAUUUCUAACAGUUAUUUAUGCCUACAGGUCUGCAGGGUAAACUAGGUAGCUUUAUCAAUUUGGUAAUUAUUAGUAAUAAGGUAUAAAUUAAGAUUAAAAUAUAUAUAUAUCUCUCUCUGUGGGAUACCCUUACAAUAUAACACGUAGAGCUUUAACAGGAUAAUUUGUUUUUCACUUUGGUGGAAAGACAUAGCAGGAUCCCUGAAUUUAUUCCAAAAAUACCAUCGGCCAUUUUUUUCUGUCAUUCAUAUGCUGAGCACACCUUGAUCUUCAAGUUACAUUUUCAUUGAGAUGGACUGCAGUGAUUUAUUUUAAAACUCUUAUUACUUUAGAUUGACACAAAGUAGAAACAAGCAGAGCAGUAACAAAUAUGUUCAUUUUCUCUGUUGAAAACUCCUGGCAUUCCCAGUUUUGUGGAGAAAAUGUAUGGAUUUUAUCACUGUUCCCCAAAGCCUCAUGUAGUCCAGUAGAGUGAUACUGUCUAGAUCAUCUGUCAUUGUUUGCUGUAGAAAACAGAGUUGUAAUAUUUUCAGUGGAUUAUUAUUUUUUUUACAAGUUUUACAGCAAACUUAUUGUCUUAAUGCUUUGCACAGUAAAGGCAGUUCCGCACAGACGCCCUUGGUUACAUCAAUCAGUGAUUAUUUAUUCAUCUAAUUUGUACUAAAAGCCUGUUCAUCCUCCUCUGUACAAGGAAUAGGAGGAGGAAGGGCAGCCCCAGAAGAAUGUGAAGCAGGUCUUCUGCCAAAGUCCGACCUGCUCACCCAGGGCAGGAGCCUGGGCUCAGGUCACUCUGUGGUGCAGACAGGCCCCGAGACUUCACCUUACAGCAGAUACUUGUUUGGUCAUUGAGAGCCAAGAGAUUAGAGGCAGCAGAAGUUGAGAGCCAUCAGCAUGUAAUGGACUGUACAGAUAUUCAUUGCUGAAAUGAUACUUUUGUGCGUGCCAUGAAGUGAUAACACACUCCAUCCACAACCAGUGGUCCCACAUGUCUACUCUUGGGUGGAAAAACCUGGCAGGCUACUGCUACCCUUACUGAUACUAGAGUGCCUCUCAAGAUUAGAUCCAAAAACAAACUAGGCAGGCAAAGCAGGAAAAGAAUAAAUUCUUGAGCAAUUUAAAGCAGUCUUUGUAUUGUGUGAAUAGAGGAGGCAGAAGAAAUAAGCUAUGUGCUCUGUUUGCAAGUCAGUUUAAUAUGGCUGGCAUGUAUUACAAACCUGUUUAAGCAUGUUUUGUUAUGAGUGUUCUUACUGCUUGGUCUUUUCUGUAAAUUGACUCAUUAACUGGAUUUGUUGGGGUAUUUUUUUUCUUUUUUUUUGGUUUUUUUUUCAGUCCUUGGCACUAUUGUUGUUGGGUAUAAUGUGAUGUGCUGGAAUGUAUUGCCAUGUCUAAGUGGACUGGAUGUGAGCAAUUUUGUAUUUGAAUAA